UGCAACUUUUACUUCCGGCCUGCGUACACGGCCAUCGCGCUUGAUUUCGUAGGAUCGUUCCGCUCGUUCUCCGCAGUGUCCGCGCAUCGUUCCAGUGUUGUCGCAGCGUCAUUCCUACGUCCUGCCAGACCAUCGCCUGCGCUUCGCAGUUGUAUACCAUCCGAGAGAUCUCUUUUGUUUGUCGUAUGUCCAUCCAGAAUCUCAACACAUUCGACCCCUUUGCAGAUGCAAUCAAGGGUUCAGACGAUGACGUCCAGGACGGCCUUGUGCAUAUAAGGAUCCAGCAGCGGAAUGGUCGCAAGACCUUAACAACGGUGCAAGGACUCUCCUCUGAAUAUGACUUGAAGAAAAUCGUGAGAGCAUGUAAAAAGGAGUUUGCGUGCAAUGGGACAGUAAUAGAGCACCCGGAGUACGGGGAGGUGCUGCAGCUGCAGGGGGACCAGCGAGAGAAUAUAUGCCAGUGGCUGACAAAAUCAGGUCUGGCGAAACCCGACCAGCUGAAGGUUCAUGGUUUUUAAUCGACAAGCCAGCAACAAUAGUCAUCAUCCAUGCCACUACCUACAAGAACAACAACAGCAACAACAACAACAACGGACAGCUCCGCCCCAUGUCAGCGCUUUAUCAUCCUCUCAAAUUGAACCUAUAUAUCAGUCACUAAUUCCUCGUCGGACACUCCGAUUAUACUA